GUGUUUGGCUAGGUUGAAAUAAAGAAAUAUUUUAUUUAAUUUUAAGAUUUGAAAGUAUUUUUAUAAUUUCUGCCUUAACAACCUUUCGUUGAUUUAAGUAGUUUUACAAAUUUUUUUUACAAAUUUUACAUAUAAUAUGAAUCCUUGUUGUAAUCCAGUUCCCUUUCAAGAUGAGCAUGAAGAUGAUCGGUGGAUGAGUAUUCAUAAACGAUUUAUAUCCGAAUGUAGAGAAAAAGAUCCAGAUGUAAUUUUUAUUGGAGAUUGUAUAACGGAGGGAAUACAGCAUACAGAGACAUGGAAUAGUUUUUUUGCACCACUGCAUUGCCUUAAUUUUAGUAUUCGAAAUGACCGAGUAGAAAAUGUACUUUGGCGAAUAGAAAAUGGAGAACUAGAUAACGUGAAACCCAAGAUUAUUGUUCUGCAUGUUGGUACAAAUAAUAUCCAAAAUACCGCUCAAGAGAUUGUUGAAGGAAUUUGUAAAAUUGUUCAAGCUAUACGGGAAAAACAUUCAGCAGCUUAUAUUGUUCUUCCAACUCUACUACCACGAGGACAACAACCUAAUAAUUUAAGACAGAAAAAUUCUACAGUAAAUCAUCUUCUUAAAGAAAAAUGUUCUAGCCUUAACAGAGUUCAAAUCGUUGAUAUUGACAAAGGUGUGGUGCAAAGUGACGGUUCAAUAAGCCAUCACGAUAUGUUUGAUUACUUAAAUCUUACAAAUUCUGGGACAAAGAAAAUUUUUGAGCCUGUGCAUGAUUUGCUAUCACAAAUCUUAAAUGAAAAUGAGCCUGAAAAAGAUCUUACUCCAUCAGAAUAGAAUAAUAAAUUAUUUUUUUUAUAUACAAACAUAUUUUUCAUAAAACAACUACGUGCAUAAAAUAUAAAAUUUAUGAAUUUUAAACUGAAUUAAGUAAAAAAAAGAACAUAAAGUAAAAUGUUUAAAUAUAAAAUAUACAACAUAUGUAACUAAUAAAUCAAAUGAAAAUAAAAGAUAUUUGAUAGUGCAUUUAAAAUUACUCUUAUAUUUAUAAUUUAUGUUUCUUCUUUAAAACUGCAUUUUUAUUAAUUU